UGUCCCCAGAACCAGCACCCUGAGCCUGGGGUGACGGGGGUGCGGUCCAGGGUGGGGGGUGGGGGCGGAACAGAACGGACAGGCUCCCCCACAACGCACCCCCAGGUGGUAGAGAGUGAGGAAGACGAAGAUGAGGAGCUGACGCUGAAGUACGGGGCCAAACACGUCAUCAUGCUGUUCGUCCCUGUCACGCUCUGCAUGGUGGUCGUCGUGGCAACCAUCAAGUCCGUCAGCUUCUACACCCAGAACGAUGGACAGAGGCUGAUAUACACCCCAUUCCCAGAGGACACAGACACAAUAGGGCAGCGAGCCCUCAACUCAGUCCUCAACGCCACCAUCAUGAUCAGUGUCAUCAUAGUCAUGACCAUGGUGCUGGUGCUGCUAUACAAGUACCGCUGCUACAGGGUGAUCCAAGGCUGGCUGUUCCUCUCCUCUCUACUUCUCCUGUUCUUCUUCUCCUUCAUAUAUCUCAAAGAAGUGUUCAAGACGUACAACGUGGCGAUGGACUGGAUCACCUUGGCUGUGAUCGUCUGGAACUUCGGGGUGGUAGGGAUGAUCUGUAUCCACUGGAAGGGUCCUCUCCGCCUGCAGCAGGCCUACCUCAUCAUGAUCUCUGCUCUCAUGGCUCUGGUCUUCAUCAAGUACCUUCCUGAGUGGACCGCCUGGCUCAUCCUGGCCGUUAUAUCUGUCUAUGAUCUCCUAGCGGUGCUCUGCCCCAAAGGUCCUCUACGUAUCCUAGUGGAGACAGCCCAGGAGAGGAACGAACCCAUCUUCCCUGCUCUCAUCUACUCCUCGACCAUGGUGUGGCUCGUCAACAUGGCAGACACUGGCCUCGGACACAGACCAAUGACCAGGAAGAACUCAACAGAGGCCCCCAUCACUCAGGUUGAGAGUCAAUCCCUAGCUCUAGGCCCGGCCCCUCUCAGCCCCCCGGAGGAUGACGGAGGGUUCACCCCUAACUGGAUGGGGCAUCAGGAGCAUCAGCUGGGACCACUUCAGUCCACAGACGAGACCCGACGGGAGAUCCAACAACUCCCCUCUGCCAGACCACCCGUAAUGGACGAUGAUGACGAGGAGAGGGGAGUGAAGCUGGGUCUAGGAGACUUCAUCUUCUACAGCAUGCUGGUGGGGAAGGCCUCUGCUGCAGCUAGUGGAGACUGGAACACCACCCUGGCCAGCUUCGUUGCCAUACUCAUC